GAACACCUGCCUGAGUGCGACAAGCCAAUGAAAGCAGCCUAUGCUGGUGGGCGGGUUGAGGGCCGAGCGGCGCAGGCUCAGUCAGUUUCCUCAGCUGCCAUGGCUCGGGCAGCCGCCGCGAGAGCAGUUGCCGGCAGGAAGCAGUUGCUGCAACGCUGCCACGGGCGUCUGAGAGCGGUGCGCCGACCCCUUUGAAACUCCGGGGCGGCCGGAGACGCCCGAGACACCGAAGCUGGCGACCCGGGGCCCGGAAUUAGGAGCCCCGCCCGGGUUGCGGAGCUCGGCCGCCGCCGCCGCCAGUCCUGCCCCAGCCCAGCAGAAGAGAAUGAAGAAGCGCAAGGAGCUCGACGCGCUCAUCGGGCUGGGCGGCGGGAACGGCGAGCGGGGCAGCGGCAGUGGCAGCGGAGGGCGCAAAAAGAGGCACCCGCGGAAAGGCUCUGCCUCCGGCCACCGGCUCCUCCGCACCGAGUCCGCCGAGAGCAGUAGCAGCAGCUCCUCGGACCCUGACUACGGAGACGGCUUUGGGCUUCCUGGUCCCCGCUCGCGUUUUGCCAAGGGAGACUACCUAAGAUGUUGCAAGCUAUGCUACCCAUUAUGUGCUUUUGUAAUUCUGGCUGCUUGUGUGGUAGCUUGUGUUGGCUUGGUAUGGAUGCAGGUAGCUCUCAAGGAAGACUUGGAUGGAUUAAAGGAAAGGUUUCGAACCAUGGAGUCUAAUCAAGAAACCUCAUUUCAAAUAAUUCCUAGAUUGACUGAAGAUCUCCUUAGUAAACAAAAGAAACUAGAAGAGAUUGAGAAUGGAAAUAUGGGGUUAUCCAAAAUAUGGAUAAACAUAACUGAAAUAAGCAAACAGAUAUCUUUGUUGAUGUCAGCAGUAAAUCAUCUCAAAGCGAAUAUUAAAUCUGCUUCGGAUUUGAUUAAUCUACCUGUCACAGUAGAAGAGCUCCAGAAAAGUGUUGCUACUAUAGGUAGCACUGUAACCAGUGUUCAUCAUGAUGUUGAAACGAUGCAAGCAGCAGUUGAGGAACAUAAGAGAACCCUAGAAACACUCCAAAAUGAGAUGAGUGAACAAAGAAAAGGUGUUGGAAACAAGCAGCUACCUUUAGUUUCCUCCUCUCCUGUUCCCCAAAUCAGUGAGAAGAAUCUGACAGACAGUUGUAAACAGGAUAAACAGUAUCUUCAUACCUCUAUAGAGGAGGUAAAUUCUACCCUAAUGUUAUACCAGAAACUGAAUGACUUAAAACUUUUCAGUAUGGAUUCCACAGUCAGCAAUCUAAGCUGGAGAGUUGCUUCAUUAGAAAACCGUAUGUUGGUUGUGAAUAAACUGGAAAAGAGAGAGAACCUGACCCUUAGUGUGGUGGGUGACUUAACUACCUUGGCAAAUGUAGAAAAUGAACCAAGAAAUGAAAGUGCUGCUGAAAACGUAGAAAAUAUGGAGAAAAUGGGAAAUGGAGAGUCUCAGGUUUCCAAAUUAAGGGAGAAACUGCAGCUGAUCAAUGCUCUGUCAAGUAAGCCAGAAAGUGACAGAACUGAAGCAUCAAAAAAAGCAGGUAAAUCCCAAAGCAUGACAUCAAAGCCUACAAAACUUCCAAGACUUUCUUCAAGAUCAGUUGGCAGCAAUGCUGGAGGGUAUAGACAGCCAAGAGAUUUGUCCUUACCAGGAAUAUCCAGCAUAGAAGACCUUCAGGAUUUAUUCAGGACCACCAACCAAGGCACUGAUGGCAAGCUAUCGUAUGAGGAUUUGCAAAGUCUUGUUGGGUCUUCAGUGUAUGAUUCACAGAGUUUUAAGAAAUUUGAUUCAGAUGGGGAUGACAAAUAUUCUCUACCGGAACUGAGGGUGGCUUUAGGUGUAUAGUAUCCCUAAUUAGAAAUACAGUAUUGAAGGACUAUAGUAGCUGCUACUACUACAAAACACAAAGAUAUGUAAAGGCUACAUCUGGCACUUUCCCAAUGAUAUAUUAAUCUUUGGAGCUAACUUAGUGUUCACAUUGAUACCUUUUUAUGUUGUAUUCUAUGAAAAUAUUGAAAGGUUUUAUCUGUAACAUAACAGAUGUCAACUUUUGAAAGAUUAUGAACUCUUAAGGGUAUAAUCUAGAGAGAGUCAUGCCCAAGUCCUGUUGAAACCAAUGGGGCCCUUUACUUGCUAAUAAUUUUGUCACUUUGAUUUUAAUUUCAAUAGGACAUAGGUGCAACUAAUUUUCUCUGGGAUCAGGGCCAGAGAAUAACAGCUUGCUAUUGAACAGAAUGAUUGUGGAAACUGUAGGAUAAUUGCACCUUAAACUACACUAAGAAUUUUAGCUCAAAAGUUUUUAUUUCCCUUAUCAGGGAAGCUCUUGUCUUCAGAUGAGAACGUUUGUGUAUAUAUUGACAAACAUGUAUUUUAUAUUUUAAAUAAAUUUGCCUUAAAUUAGCUGCACUUUAGAAUAAAAACUUAAAAGAAUCUGUCUUUGUAAAAUUGGACUUGGUUUGUAAAUAUUUAAAAUAUAUUAAAUUAUGCAUAUGGGGGAGGGGGCUUGGCAUUGAAGGUAAUAAACUCUUAAUUAGUGUCCCAGGCUAUACAGUCUUUAUGCUGGAUGAUGAGAGUACAUGUGCUUCUACUAGAGAUUGUACUUUAGGAAAAACUCUUCCUAUAGUUGCCUGUGAAUCUAUUGAUAGAUUUGACAUGUUCAAUAUCUGAAAAGUUUGUUCCAGAAUCUAAAGAAGAUUAGUGUUGUUAAAGCUGAAAUGAAAGCAGCUCUUAUCUCUGAAGAUCAGGAUAGAGAAAUAGUAACUAGUAACAUACGUACUACUUUUAAAUUUAAUAGAUUGUUUGUUGUAACUUUAGGGAGAAGGGUAGUCAUACAGCAGGCAUUACUGGAAGCACUUCAGUAUUCACUGCAGCCUGACUUCAUUCACUUAGUUGGAAUUAAUCUCCCCCACCAACUUGAAUACACAUCUCAUAAGAACACAAGUGACAUUGCUGUCCUUUUUAGUGCUUCUGGCAUUUUUGCGUCAGAAGCAGGAUGGAGAGACUUAAGUAGCUCCUCUGCUGUUGUGUACUUGGAGGUUCUUAGCAUUUUAAGAUACUGUAUGAUUUACCACUGGAAAUAGCAGGUGGGGGGAGAUAAAGGGCAAGAUUAAGAAUUGUUAACGGCUAACCAAUCAGCUUGUUCUCUAGAUAUUGACUAGAGAACGAAUCCAGCAAGGUCUUCUACUAUGCUAUAAAUGUUAUGAAUCCAAACUUGAAGUGAUAUCCAAAACUUUCUAGAACAUUUUUGCAAAACCUUUAAUCUUUUCACGCGUUUUAAUGUUCUAGAUUAAGCUCUCAGCAAAGAGCUUUGUUGUCCACAAAAUGUGUCGCUGCCCACAAUAAAAUUCAAAUUUUUGUUUCAUUUUGAAUAUGAAUGUUAUGGACCAUGACAGUGGUUGUUGUCAGACCACUAACUUUACUCCAGGAAGUCUAAUUAUAUCGGCCCUCUUGGAAUAGAUAGAACAAACUUAUCCAAAAGUAUUAUGACAGGCCUUGAAGAAACAAAUAUACUUACUGUUUUUACCUACUACUUCCUGACAUGGGUAUGUUGUCUUUGUCCGGAUAAAGUUAUAAAAUGCAAAAUAGAUGACUGAAAAUCAAUGUUUCAGACAGGCAUCACUUUUUUAUGCUUUCUGUACAAAAAUUGAUGACCAAAUUAAAUACAGCAAUAAAAAAGUAACAGUAUUUGUACCUAUAUUGUAGGCCAAAAAAAUUGAAAAUACUUUUGAAAGGUUGACGUGCAAUACAAUCCAGUUAAUAUGGAAGGGAGCUCACUUCUGAACUCGCUACUAAGCAAAUUAUUUGGAACACUCUUGACUUCUUGCAGAGUGUAUUUCUGCCAUUAUAGAAAGCCUCAUUAAAAGGGUAUGACAAGCUAACUAAUGAUUAAUUCAGGUGCUUCUCUGAUGCUGCCAAAACUCAAAUGCUAAGUUAGUUCUCCAAGUAUCAACCAUCUCAAUUCAAAGGGAAAGGCUUGUUUGAAAACAACCCCUAUCGGUGCUUACCACCAACAGAGAAUGUUUCCCUAAGCCCAAUUCAUGUGUUCCUGGAGUGACAAAGCCAACCACAGGAAGUGGUUCCCAACAUUUGUAAGGGGUCAUGUGGAAUGAUGUGAUUCCUUCCCAGUUUUUCAUGGGGGGGGGGUGCUGCUUGUGGUGCUUAUCAUUCAGUAGACCCACAUGGGUCAAUCUUGCAGAUGAUUUUGGAGCCAUGUAGGACCAGACAAUUGAUAAGAGGUUCCCAUACCAUUCUAGGAACACUUGAAUCAAGCCAAAUUCCUUCAUUCUGAAAUGGCAGUAUUCAAUGUGGGGCAUAAUUUUCACAUGGGAGGCCAUUAUAAACAAGCAACAUUAAGUUAAACAGUCAAAUGGGUCAUAUAUGAGUUGCCGAGGCUGUAAUUGGUAGCCUUCAGAGUAUACAGUGUUUUGUAAGAACUAUCCACCUCCAAUAGCCAACCCUGUAGCAUGCCAAGGCCCAAUCUGUGUUACUGGUAAGAACAUGGUUACUACCAUCUCACUGCUAUUUCCAUGCAACUCCUGAUAAAAUGUGUAACCUUGUCAAGAGAGCUAGAGUAAAAUAUUAGGGAGUGUCUCACUAGCUCAUACUUAGCCAUGUGAUCUAUGUAGUUUGAACAGAGAUUGUAUUUCUUGGAAUUGCAAGGACCGUGGCAGCCAUGUGAUCAGUAACAUAUGAAGCUGUCCUAUAUAAUGCACUCUAGAGACUAAUGUUUCAGGGCAGUUUGUUAAUUAACAGUUUGCUGUGGUGUUUACAAACAGAUAGAUGGGGACCUAUAACAAUGUUCUGAUUGGUAGCAUCAGUACAGUGCUGAGAUAGGCUGCACUGUAUGUUGAGCCCUACAUAGACUGGAAUGCUGUAGCACCAAGACACAAUUACUCUGUAGCUCUUAGUUAGUUGGUACUCGCUGUUCAGUCUUAAAUCUGAGUGCUAUAGGAUAAUUGAACUAUUAAUACUACAGCUAGUGCUAUAGGGCACCUGUUCAGUGCACAGUUAGCUGUUCUUACUGUCCCAAAUCUGAAUGGUAGUGUGUGUAGGGGUGGGGGGAGUUGGUAAUCUUUACUUUCACCUCUGCACUGUAUCUGAGAAUUCAGGGAAGCUAUCCAACCACUGAUUUUAAAUCCAAUCAGCUGUUCCAUAUUAGUAUUCUUAAUGUGUUGCCAUGACCUUCCGUUAUUACUGUUAGCUAUAAAAAUUAUCAGUCUUCUACAGUGUCUCCAUCACAAAUAUGAAUGAAACUAGUAUAAUCCCUUUCAGUACUGUUUCAGAAGACUUGGUUAGAAUUCUGAGUUUCUUAUAAUAAUGCCACUUGAAAGUUUCCAAAAAGAUGACACAUUCUCUGAAAACUGAUAUAAUGGAGAACAAAGGUCUCUGGUAAGCUUGGUAAUGUAUUAGUUUAGUUCAGAGCACACAACUGGGAGAAGUCUGCUUCUAACAUAUCUGGUGGUGGCAUAAGCCCAAAUUGGGUAUUUGCAAAGCAGGUGCCUAGACCAAGAAUGAGGGACAUUAGCAAAGUUUGCUGGGCUCUGACUCAAAGAAUUCUUGGAGCUUGGAAAUUUUGCCUUCCCUUCUCCCAACGGGGCAAACCCCUCCUCCCUCUCCUUACCUGUUUGUUGUGGUGGGGUAGUAGGGAAAACAGCAGCACAGUCGCUGUGGCAGCAAGCAUGAAUUGUCCCCUUUUGCUAUGCAGUUGUCCCCUUUGCAUUUGGAUGGGUGACUACACGUGAGCCCUGGAGUUAUUCCCCUUAAAGAAUGGGGCUGUAGUUCAGGGGAAGAGCAUCUGAAGUCCCAAGUUGACUCCCCAACAUCUCCAAGUAGAAUUGAAAAAGACUCCUGAGAGCUACUGCCAGUCAAGGUAGACAAGACUGAGCUAGAUGGGCCAGUGAUUUGAGUCAUUAUAAAGCAACUUCCUAUGUUUCUAUUUGUACAGGGAGGAGGGGGAGGAGCUUUUCUCCCCAUCUCUUCUCGAUUGAAUUUGCAUUGCAAUAGCCCUUGGGAAGACUCCAAAUCCUAAGGGCAACUCUGUCAGCUUGUCAAAGCAACAGAAAGAAGGAAGGAGAGAAAGGAAGGAUGGGAGAAAGCCCCUGUUAAUUCCUGCUCAGCAGCAAUUCUCCUAGCAUGCUAGUAUGCGCUGCAGCAGUGUAUGGGAGUGGGGAGAGACAGAAGGGUCAGAAGCCUUCUCUCCUCCCCACACAAACGCUUCAGCAAAGAGACAACAAAGAUAGGUAAGAGCAUAUUUUUCUCUGUGAAAAGCUUUAAAACCGCGAGGGCAAGCUCUCAAUAUGGGCUGAGAUACCUAUACCAGUUUCCUUGCACAGAGGUAGAGGGGUGCGGGUGUGCCCAUGAGGGUAUUUGUGCUGUAGCAGCUGUGAAAGGGCCUUGUUCUGUAAUAUGUCUAGCAGAAGUUCAACUCUGCAUUCAUAUCCUUCAGAGAAAAAAUUAUUUUCUUUGGUUGUUGGAAGAGAAGCUUGUCUACCUUGAUACUGAACCAAUCUGGUUUUGAGAAUUUUAGGUACUUGACUCCUCAGCUGUGAAUUUGCUUCUGAUCCAUUUUGAUUCCUUUUUAAAUUUGUGUCCACCACCAAAUGCAGAGUUCUUUAGUUUUAAACCAUAUAGAUAAUUUUUUGGCUGACCUUCCAUAUAUAACUGAAAUACUAUUUUUAAUGAAUUUUUGUUCUUUUAGAAAUGUACGAAAGCUUUUUACAUCUGUAUAUGGAGCAGAUUAAAGCUGGCUUUAGUUACUGAGUUUUGCAACUAUCAUGCAAUGUGAAUGUCAACUUUAAAUAAAACACUUCAUUUUCAAA